UGUUAUCUGUGAUUCUAACGAUCGUUUUCUUCGGGAUACAAAUAUCCUCACAUCCCAUGAUUAUGCACAAUAUAUUGGUACAUUUCGUAAAACCUUUAAGCAGAUGUCAACAAGAGAUGGGUCUCCCAGACUCAAUAUACAAUGACUUCUACAACUUCUGGUCGGAGGACUACGAGAUAACCAACAACGCGACAGGAUGCGCGUUCAUCUGUAUGGCGGCACGACUCAACCUCAUCGUCAACGGACCCAAUUCGCACAUAAACGUGGACUCUUUCUUUCAAUAUAGCAGAAAACGUGGCGCCGACGAUGAAACCACGAAACGACUCCUGCAAAUUUUACGAUAUUGCGAGCAUCUGAGCCAGGAUGUGACGGAUACCUGCAUGCGAGUCAUGCAUUGCGCAAACUGCUUCAGGAAGGAAAUACACGCGCUCAACUGGGCACCGCGAGUUGUGGAGACACCAUUAUGAAAAAUGUUUUAGUACUUUUAAUGAGUGUACUGGUCAUAACGCCAUACGUUUAUGCUCUA